GCGCUUCAGUACGUGCGCGUGAAGGUGCACAGGCUCGGUGACACUUGCACCCAGCUCUUUGGGAAUAGGAGGAAAGUCGGAAGAAGAGGUUAUUUUAAGGACAGCAAUAACAGACAAAACAAAAUUUAUUCUCGCCGUUACUGUGCAGAAUAUUGUGAAAUUACAGGAAAAUGGCAGAUUCAAUGACCCAGUCCGCCCAGAUAUCAUCGUCGCACGGGCUUGCCGAUGGACAGAACUCUGUUGCGACCAAAGACUCAAAAAUGUCGGAUUCCUUUCAGUCCUCUUCGCCUGUAUCUCUCAUUCAGUCUCCUCAAGUCAAGGACUUGGUGCACUGGCGAGACCCCAAGAAGUCUGGCGUGGUGUUCGGCCUGUCCCUGCUGACACUCUUGUCCCUGGCGGCGUUCAGCGUCAUCAGCGUUGUCUCCUACCUGCUCCUUGCCCUGCUCUGUGUCACCAUCUCCUUCCGCAUCUACAAGGCUGUCGUCCAGGCCGUGCAGAAGUCCGACGACGGACACCCCUUCAAAGCUCUGAUGGAGAAGGAUGUCAGCGUUCCCCCUGAGACCUUCCGCAAGCACGUGGACUCCAGUCUGACCCACAUCAACCGACUCCUAAAACAGCUGCGCAAACUCUUCCUAGUUGAGGACCUCAUCGACUCCCUGAAGCUGGCUGUUGUGAUGUGGCUGCUGACCUACGUGGGAGCCGUCUUCAACGGCAUCACCAUCCUCAUCCUGGCUGACAUCCUCCUCUUUGCCGUACCCCCCUUCUAUGAGAAGAACAAGACCCAGAUUGAUCACUACAUGGAAAUCGCACGUACUCAAGUCAACACGACAAUGGCCAAGCUGCAAGAGAAACUCCCUGGAGCCAUCAAGCGUACAAAAGCUGAAUGAUUGACCCUCAUACAUCUUAAUCACCAUCCUCCUCAUCACAUUUAUCCCAUCUUAAACCCCCUGACCUCCACCUCUCCCUUCUCUUUCCCUACUGUCUCCCUCCCGCCUACCAUCUGCACUGAACCAGCUAGGUAGAAAAAAAAAUCUCAAAUGCUACUCAAUAUUCAAUGUAAACCGCUCAGCUUAACUACAAGAAUUUAGGAAAAGAAUGGUGCCUAUUGCGCCGGCAGGAAAGGCGUCUCUAACGGGAGGAAGUGAUGUAACGCUUCGGCAUAACACAUGUCUUUGAUGCAGGGGUCAAGUGAACUAGACUGAAUCAAUGACCUGGUAUUGUAGUGUAAAGUUGGGAAGGUGUAGGGAGUAUCAUUGACGAGUUAGGACCAGUGUUUGUUUCGCAAAAAAGCAGAUGUCUGUACUUUUUAACUAUGCCUUUCACUGAACAUAAGUUAAAAAAAAAAAAAAUAAGUAAAAAAAAGAGCUAACUGAUAAAUAACCUUUUUGGGUGUAAUUUGUGGCUAGUCUUUUUCCUUCUUUCUCUGUGUAGCAGUUGUAUGGAUAAACAAAAGAAAAUAGUUGUUUUGAACCUGGUACUGGGAUUUCACUGUUACUGAUUUGGCCUGUUAUGGAGUUGUUUUCUUCCCCUUAAAGGCUCGUAUGUAUAACGUUUCUGCAAUGCACUGAACUUUCUUUUCAAAUCCCAUGAGCAGGUUGAAAUAAAAGGAUUGGAACACUGAACCAGCUGUGACACUUUUGGUGUAGUUCACGCCAUUUUGAUUUGUAGUCACAUUUUACCAAGUGCAUCCAACAGGCUCUGUCUUUCUCUGCUGUGUGAAACAAGUUAGCGCUGCUUUUUAGAAAGGGGGAACUCUCUCUUACAGCAGUCAUAACUCGUUUUUUAAAGCAACUGUUCAAGUCACCAAUGUCAGUCUCACGUUCACCUGUUUAUUAUUAUUGUUAGUGAUAUGAUUAUUACUUAUAGGAUUGCUGCUGUUGACUCCCUUUUUAGCUCUGUAAAAGGCUCCAUAGUAUCUUCAUGGCGCUUCAUAACUGCUCGACUUCUCCAGUGAGACCUCUUGGAAAACGGUUGGAUAUGGGUUCAAAGACUGUUCGAUUUUUGGAAGGUAGUUAGCAGUAUAACCCCAAAGAAACGAUGGGUUCAAGAAGAGGUCUGGUGGGUGUUGUAGUCACAGGAGGUUGGUGACAGCUUAAUUGGGGAGAACGGGCUUGUAGUAAUGACUGGAGCGGAAUCAGUGGAAUGGUAUCAAACACAUGGUUUCCAGGUGUUUGAGGCCAUUCCAUUUGUGCCGUGCCAUUUUCCCUUCAGCAGCCUCAAAUGCAAUGGAUUUGUUUUUUUAUUUGAAUGCCAUGAAGUGAAUGUCAUUGCAUAAGCUGGAAACACAUUUUCACACUUUAUAUAUAGGCUGUAUCAUAUAAUUUUAUUUGUUCAGAUAAUUAUUUGUGAUUGUUAAAAUAGUUUGGAUUUCAAUAAAAACCGUGGU